AUGUUGAGAACUAUGAUCAACGUGAAAAUAGGCAUUGACAUUUCCGGUUUCAUGAACUUGAAAUCGUUCCUGAAACGGAAGUCGGAUGGUUAUCGCCCAAAAAAGUCAAAAAUCCUCACUAAGGAACAAAUUUUCAAGUUCUUGAAGGAAGCCGAAGACUUCGUUCUUUUGGCUACAAAGGUUGCGCUCAUCAUUGGAGUGUACGGUGCUUGUCGGCGGGAAGAAAUCAUGAAACUCUCUCUGGACGAUAUUGAAGACCUGAAGGACAGCAUCAAGAUCACCAUCCCUAACACAAAGACGAAAAUUAUACGGCAGUUCAUCGUUACGAAAGGUGAAGCCCCUGGUGUGGACAUGUUGAAACUUUUCCGGUUGUAUGCUGAAAAACGUCCUGCCGGUACAGGUCACUCCAGAUUUUUUGUUUCGUACCGCUUUGGAAAGUGUACAAAACAGGCCAUGGGGAUCAACACUAUUGCAAAACUGCCGAGAAUCAUCACCGAGCACCUGAAGCUUCCGUCACCGAAGCUGUACACUGGACACCGUUUCCGGGGGUCUUCUGCCUCACUGCUGGCCGAUUCAGGAGUCGAUAUUUCCGUUCUGAAGAGACACGACCGCUUCUUCGUCGAGGUCGGUCGAAACUUUCACUACUGCUGGCCCUGCACCACGCUGAUGGCCAUCUCCGGCGGGGCAACCCGGUUGCCCUGGAGCGAGCACAGUGCACGGACAAAGUGCAUUCAUGUCUAG